AUGGCCCACAGGAAUGCCAGCGCACUCUACUCCAAAGCCCAAGCCGAGUUGUCUUCAUCCUCGAGUCUUCUCCUCAAGUCCGAGGUCCCGUACGCGGAUCGGGGCGAAAACGAAGGCAUCAGACUCAUUGUUCGCACCCCGAAAGGCAACAAGCUGAUUCUGGCAAAGAAUCCCGGAAGGGCAGGACGAAUUCGUCCUCAGAUGGACGGACGAGGCCAGACCGAUGCAUUGUCAGAAGCAUCACGGCACAAAGGGUCUACACCCUCCACGACCGGAAAGCCCUGA